AUGGUUGCUGUCACUGUUUCCUCGCUAUCGCCAGAAGUCAAUCAUUCAUCUGACGUGAGGGUAGGAGGUGAAAAUCAACCACACUCAACACCAGCCGACGAUGAUGACCGCUCGUGGACCAGAUACGCAGUGCUUUGCUCCACUAUUAUCUGUCUCUCAUCAAUUAUGGCCAACAUGGUGUGCUUCAACUUCACCGUGUUGUGUAUGCCAGCCACGCAUGAACAGCUGUCGAUGAACGAGACUCACUAUCAUGGAUACAGCAAAAAUGAGCGGACGUGGCUUUUUAGUGCGGUAGCGGUUGGUGCACUGCUGUCGGUGGUGCCAACUUCGCAUGCCAUCGCCACGAUUGGAGCUCGACACGUGUUCUUCGCAGCCGGAAUGCUCACCACCAUUGCUACUGCGUUGAUUCCAAUUGCAGCUCAGAACAGUUUGAACGCAUUUCUGUUGCUGCGUUUUGUACAGGGUAUUUCUUGCGCGGCUUGUAUGCCCACGGUGGGAGCGGUGACCGCGGCAUGGGCCUCACUCAAGCAGCACGGGCUUUUCAUGUCCACUCUCACCACAUUCGGUCAACUCAGCGCUGUGUUCGCAAUGCCGGUAUCGGGCGAGCUCUGUUCAUCAUCUUUGGGCUGGGAAGCUGUAUUCUACUUGCACGCAGUGAUUUCGCUAGUCUCAUUCACUGGAUGGUUCUUUCUGUAUAGCAAUAGUCCUGAACAUCAUCCACUAGUCUCCAAACACGAACUUGCUGAAAUCAACGAUGGUAAAUUCGCCUCGUCUCUUAAGGCAGAAGAUUCCAAAGACGCUAUUCCUUAUCUCGAAAUUCUCACUACUCCAAGUGUAUGGGGUGUAUGGAUAGGAGCUCUCGGUGAUCUUAUCGCUAUACAGUUAAUUCAUACCUUUUCUCCACAAUACAUUCGUGAAAUACUGCAGUAUUCGGUACAUCAUACCGGAUUCGCUGCCGCUCUCCCUGUUCUCUUCCAGUUCAUUGUCAAGGUGUUUGCUGGCCACAGCAGCGAUCAGAUCAGAGGUGUGUCAGAAACAACGAAAAUACGGAUUUAUAACAGUGUUGCGCUGGGAGCAAGUGCUGUAUUUUUAUGUGCAUUGGCUUUCGUUAAAAAAGGAGAUUCCAUCACCGGUAUUGUGUUGAUAACGCUCGCCACCGCGAUGUUCGGCUUCAACGGCGGCGGAUUCAACAAGUGUGCCACGCUAGUAUCACGUCAGUACAGCCAUUUCGUACUAGCCAACAUUCAAUUCAUCUGGUGUCUAUCUAUGCUCAUCUGUCCAAUCUUAGUUUCUUUCCUCCUCCCGAAUGGUUCAGUGGAGGAAUGGCGUCUUGUAUACCUGGCUCAUGCCGUUUUGUUGGUCCUAUCAAAUGCAAUAUUCUGCCUUCUGGCAACCGCAAAACCUGCACCUUGGACUGAUCCUUCCAUUACAACAUCGGCUAAGAAAAACACUCCGAUUAUUUCACGGCGACUCCGGGUCUGA